GUCGAAGUACAGUUGUAGCUGGAUGUCUUUCACCACACAUACGACUCGUUCAGGAUUUCUACUUCCUUCGAUUCACUCUGUUCCCCCUUUCUUCACGGAACAACCUAAUCCCACAACACAAUCGCAAAAUAUUUCUCAAUGGACACGGCUUAUUUUGGCUUAUGCUCGCCACCGCCGUCUUUUCGUCCUUCGCCUCGAGGACGCAGAGACGUCUGGCGGAGACUGGGAUGAAGUUCUAAGGAAUGAGAGAAUCAAUCGUCGAGUGCUUCCUUCACACCUUUCCGCUAUCAUGGAAUCCAUGAUAACUAACGGUCAAGCAGUUUACGAACCUCCCAAGCAGACACGCGCUGUGCUAUUGUACUGGCGUCUUCCAGAAGAAUGGGCAGAGGUACUACACUCUUGGGCGACAGAUACAGCUAAUCUGAACACAAUCCUCACAUUCUACGAAAUCACUGACCCCCCCGUUCCUUCUCCACUUUCUGAUAUUCCAAUUACUCUCCUGCGUCGUGUUAUCGCCGUACUUGCAAAAACGGGUCGGGCACAGGUUAUCAGUACAGGGCGUACAGGGUCUGGCGAAGAAAAUGAAGGGGUAAGAUUUUUUUCUGGUGGAAAAUAAACUUGUUAUCAGUGUAUCAGAGCCUGUAAUCACAAGCCAUUUCUUUGAACAUGUAUUUGAAACCUUAACUGUAUGUGCAGAAACAGAUUUAUAGCACUUUUGUUUGGA